AUGGCGUCGUGCGUCGCGCGCGCCGCGCUCUCGACGCCGUCGCGCGUCGUUUUCUACGACAAAAAGCGCACCCCAGCCGCCGCCACGCGCGCGAGGGUCGUCGUCCCGCGCGCCGCGGACGCCGACGCCGACGCCGCGGCGCCCGCGGACGCGUGGCUCGAAGCUCGCCGCGCGGACCUGAGCGCGCUGACGGUGGAGAAAGGGCUGAAACCGCUGUGUCGAGGGUACGGGCUGAAGCUCGGCGGCUCGAAGACGGCGCUGCUGGAGCGCGUGCUGGCGCACGAGAGCGCGAAUCGCGCGGAAUUCGCGCCGAUGGAGGCGGUGGUGGAAAAAGCGAGCGCGUGGAGAAAUUCCAGGGUGGUUCGAGUGGACGAGGCGAGCGCGAGGGCGAUCGAGGAGGCGAAUGCGGUCAAAGCGGAACGACGGGAAAAAGCCGGAGGCUGGGGACGGGACGAAGAGGACGAUUACGGCGACGACGUGGACGAAGACCGAGGAUGGGGGUCGUCGUGGGCGCGCAGGGAGGACGAGGAGGAAUCGUCCACGGCGCGCAUGCGAGAUAUCGAGGCGAGGUACCCGCAGUUGAGGUUGGCAGAUGAGAAAUUGACCAAGGAUGACUUGGCGCGACGCGUGGCGGUGGUGAACGGCUUGCGAGCGCUCGCCAAGGAAAAAGAAGGCUAUGAGGCAGAUGUAGGGUUGCAUUUGGAAGCCAUCGCGCGAGCGAUCGAUAGGGGCUAUAGAGAUAUGCGAGGGAGCGCGCUGACGGUGUUGCAAAAAGAAGUUCGGGCGCGGAUAGACGUGAGCGUGGACAUCGACGUGCAACGCGGUCGAUUCGCCGUGCUCGUGCAAGUCGUCGGUCGAGGCGGGACAGUUGAGCGCGAAUACGACGACACCAAAUUUUUCACGUUCAAUGUCCGGCGACAAAAUCGCAUGCGAACGUUGAUUCGUUACAUGAGCGAGGAGAUUAAAACUGGCGUCGCGCGUCUGGCGACGGAAGAUUUCGUCGGUCAAAUCGGCAACGUCGUCGACGGCACGUUGCGUUUCCGCACCGAAACCGGGUCGUGGAUGAUGGACAUAAAAGGCGGCGCCGCGGGUGUGAUCCCGCCAGAGGAGCAGCUCUUGACUUAUAACGACUUACCACUCAAGCAAGGGGACGAGUUGUCGUGCUUCGUGCUCGACGUCGAUCAAAACUUGUUCACCGGUCGCGAGCAAACCCCGGUGGUGCUGUCGAUGACCAUUCCGGCGUUGGUCGGCGCCAUCAUUCGCGAAGAAGUUCCAGAGGUUGCGCGCGGGGAGAUAGAGAUUAAGUCGAUCGCGAGAAUGGCAGGCAAGGUGACGAAAGUCGCGGUAGCUCUACGCGAAGGAUCAACUUCGUGGAGCAACGCGGUGGAAACGUGCCUGGGCGAAGAUCAGAGCAUUUUGAGACGCAUUCGCGAACGAUGCGGCGGCGAAGUCGUGCACUUCCUUCCUUGGUCCGACGAUCCAGCGGAACUGAUCAAGUCUUCUUUAUUCCCAGCUGAAGUGUUACGAGUGGAAGAAAGCUUCCCGGAUGGCACGCAAAAGCGAAAGUUUACGGCGUACGUGAAGGAGGUGGAUCUCCGUCGAGCGAUCGGCGCCGGCGGUAAUAACGUCAAACUCUGCGCGUCGCUCACCAACGCAUUCAUCGUCAUCGAAGUUGACGAGACCGCAGGAAACACUCAACGUCGUGGAUCUUUCAACGACGAUCUGGACGACUCUUACGACAGUGGAUUCUGGGGCGACGAUCGCGAAGAUGACUUUUUCGGCGGCGGCGACGCUGAAAAUUUUGCCAACAAUCUCAACAAGGAUAGAUUCAGCGAGCAGACGCAAAGCGUGCAACUGGACGAUCUCGGCUGGCCCGAUCUCGAUGACUUCGAUGAUUUACCCACCACGAAUGCCGCGGGGCGGGGACCUCAGGACAUCCCCUCGGUGAGCGAAUUGAAAACGCUCGGCGAGACGUUCUCGCAAUCGUUCGAAGGCGACGACGACGCGGAGGAAUGGGACGUCGGUCCGGGCCGUCCGGGAUUGACCACGUUCGGCGCUACGGGACGUCCGGGUGUCGUCGGCACCGCUCUCUUCUUUGGCGACGAAGCGGGUGAAUACGACGACGACGAAUAG